AAUAGCUAAAUGAAGGCAAAUAACGACUUACAAGGAGGAAUAUAGAGUGUGCUACGUAGACACGUCACAACACGUUCAGGUUUCAUUUUUGUGAUUAUUUUCACUUAUGUCACUCGAUGUUUGUUUACGAGCCUUGAACGUGCUUAUAAGGGAUGGAACGGAAGGAAAAAUUGAUUCAAAACCGAAAUCUCUCUUGGAUCACGUGACGAUCAUACAUGCGGAAAUAACUCAGUGUUAACAGGUCUAUAAAAGAAAAGUUCCCUUUCGUUUCUAAUCAGAUUUAUGAUGGCGUUAUCGGCUGGGUUUCUCCGAGCGUUUGGAUUGUUUCAAGUUUCUUUGGUCGUUCUUGGAUCCGGUCUUGUUUACGCUGAAAAUAAUUCUUCACCACGAUUUCCAGUUGGCGAUCCACGAAACUGUCCUCUCGCAAAGGGAGUUUAUCGCUUCGAGGUUCUUCCGGGAGGCGGCUGGGACAACUUAAGAAAUGUUCAUAUGGGCGCUGUUUCAGUGAUGAAUUACUCCAAAUGUAAGACUUCAGACGACGGCAAGUAUCUCAUUCCCGAUGAUGUGAUCCUGUAUCCUAUCAAAGAGAGCAAAGUGCAUGUAUUUGCUGAAAUGUACGAUCACUGGCACAACUAUUCGUCCACCACAACGAAGUCUAUCAAUGCGGAAGCUUCGGGAAAAUUUGGUUUUGGAAGCAUAAGUGGUUCGUUUUCUUCUGAGUUCGAAUCAGUGAAGAAACAUCAAGUGGAAGAUAAGGCUGUAACCACUCGAGCACAACUACGCCAUGUUUUAUACACGGCGAAACUCCAGCCCGAUGCCCCUCUACAGGCACCGUUCAAGUCCCGUUUGCUCGAGAUCGCAUCUCACUUACAGCAUAACAAUACUGCUUAUGCAAAUUUUCUGGCGCAGGUAUUGGUUCGAGAUUUCGGAACGCAUUAUGUUACAAGCGUAAAGGCCGGAGCAGCCCUGGCGAAAGUGGAUCACUUGACAAAGAAAUUCGUGGCUGAUUUCAGUGAAGAUAAAAGUAAGAUUACAGCUGCCGCGAGUGCGUCUUUUUUCGGGGUGUUUGGAGCUAGUGCUAGCUAUACUCAGACAACUGACAAAAAAGUUUUGGAUGAAUACACACAGAACAUCGCUUAUUCCACAGUAUAUACAUUCGGAGGACCUCCAUUCAGGGUGAAUUUUACCAUCAACAAAUGGGAAGACCAACUAUUGGACGAACUGGUUGCAGUUGAUCGGUCAGGUGACCCUCUUCAUUUUGCAAUUACACCUGGAAGUGUACCAGAAUUGUCCGAAGAACUGGUCUUCAAACUAGCCAACGUUGUCGAAAAAGCCAUUAAACAGUACUAUGAGCACAAUACCAUUAAAGGAUGCACCAAAAAGGACUCUCCGAACUUCAGCUUUCAGGCCAACCUCGACGAUGGAUCUUGCGAGAGCCCAACCAAUAACUACACCUUCGGGGGCGUUUAUCAAACGUGCCAAUGUGAGGGCUCUCCAUCCAGUAAUCCUUGUGGAUCUUUUCUCCAGAAGAACCCUCUCACGGCUGACUACUCUUGUAGUAGUGGUUAUGAACCAGUCAUGGUACAUCAAGGUCGCACACCCGAAAGCUGCCAUCGUGAGUGCCAUGGAUGGUGGAUUUUUAAAAGCUGCGACACUCAUUGCGGAUUCGCCAGCUACGACACCUACUGGUGUGUUGCGGAAGGUUCGGUGCCUCGUAAUACAGGGUAUCUCUUUGGUGGACUCUACAGCAAUGUGUUAAAGAACCCAGUCACACAAGAUCACAGCUGUCCAGUUAGGUUUUACGCCUUGCGCUUUGGAGCCACCAUGCAAGUUUGUGUGAGCGAUGACUACGAGCUAGGCUUCCAGCAGUCGGUCCCCUUUGGUGGCUUCUUCAGUUGUAAUACUGGUAAUCCUCUCGGUGUAAAGAAAGCUGCGGACAGUGCCAAAGGAUCAAACGGUAUGUCUCCUCUCUUUCCACUUUUACACCUUACAUUGGUAGGCAUAUUCUCUCUACUUUUCUCCAGACAUUUCCUAUUUUAACGACGAGGAGAAACUGUUUAACGAUCAAGAGCUUCUUUGAUAAAUGAUUAUUCCUUCUAAAUUUCGUGACAUUAGUGUUUGAUUCAGGGGUGAGAAUGUGAAGAGAAAUUAAUUAGAUAAUUAAGAUUCUUAGAGGUUGAAGGGUUACAUUGAAAUAGACCCUUCAAGCUUAAUGGUUUCAUUUUCUUCUUUUUUUUAAUUUUUUUCGCUUUUUAUAGAAGUAUUUUUUUUAUCCUAAUUGAUAGCUAGAAAUUUCAAAAAUUCAGAAACGCCUGAUUGUUUUAAGAUCAGCAGGCGCAUUGGAUUCUUGCUUUCUCGUUGUUGCGAUUUUGAAAUAGUUGUGCCUCUCAAUGUAUCAUUUUGUUUUGCAAAUUUAUCUGAAAGGGACUCUAAAAAGCUUAAGUGACAUAGAUUUUAGAGCUUAACUUUUCGGUUUUCAAUUACCACUCGGCCAACCUACAACUCAUCAACAAUUUACAGCUUUUGUUUUCCAAUGCAGGUAUAGCUUUUUAUUUCGCUUUUCUGCGAAAACAUGUUUCCUUUGAAACUUUAUGCCAUCCAAGUAAUUUUCGGGUUUCGAAUUGUGCUGCGUCACCUGUUUCUUACGACUAUGAAGAAAUUUUGUAAGUCAUGGCUCGGUGUUCACCGAUAAGUUUUUUUUUCUUCUAGCUCGGUAUUAACGUACGACAUUCCUUUCAGCCUUUCAAAUGUGGAUGAAUGGUUAGGAAACAUGACUACGUUCAUGAGAACAAAAACAAAUAUGAGCGAAAUUGUUUUGUGCACUUUCGAAUCGAAUAGGCUCAGUAGCCAUCGCGUGCCGAAAGACAAACUAUCCAUGUAGAAAAUAAAGCAACAGCGGAAGUAAACGUUGACACUCAGAACCGGCUACAUAUGGAAAUUGCUUGUUGACAUCUAGUGAUACAUUGUGAUAAGAUCAUAAUGAAAGAGAUUUGACACAAAAUUUCUUUAUCAGGCGCUCAAGCGAAGAUCGAGGAACAAAGUCAAAAUCUAUCUCGGAUUCUUUCUCCUUCGCUGUAAAGCAUGAACACGACUCAGUCAUUGUUAUUCAUCUCCGCCCCUACUGCGGGGUGGCGAAACCAAUACCUUAAGACCUUACCAUUGUCGUUCCACCAUCUUAGUUAAUCUCGCUCAUAGGCUGAAUUAGAAUUGCGUUUCCUAUCAUCGAACUCAGCGAGACAGGUUGAGACAACGGUCAAAUCUUCCUUCAUUCGUUUACUUAUCCGUUUUGUCUUUUGCUACUUUGCAGGUCUCUCAGGCUUGGCAUUGUUCGUGAAACAGUCUGGUCCAUCUGUAUGGCCAAAAACCUGUCCAAUAGGUUAUUCUCAACAUUUGGGAGCCAUUGAAGAAGACUGUGAGAUCAACUUCUGCGUGAAGUCCAAUAUAUUCAACAGCCAGGGAUUUCCCAUCAUCAAAAGACCUCCUUACUCGAAUGCGCCCAAAAUUUACAAAUACACCGUGCCCUUGCUUGUGGUUAACAAUGACACCGGACAUAUUUGGUUUAAACGAUCCAACUCACUACAUUGGGUUUUGGCCACUAAAAGGUGAGUGAAGGGAAUGUCAUUCUCUCAGCAGAGUCGGUACUGAGUAGAAUAUUGCAGGGUUGAAACCUGAAAGUAAGAGUUGAUCUUGUAAUAAGAUUUUCCAGGUGAGGGAAGCACUAAAACGAACGCUCGUCAGUGAAAAUAAAAGCUAUCCUUAGAGUAAAGUGAAGGGUCGUUUGCCAGUCGAAUGACUGCACCGGUUCCUCCCAGGGAAUUAACAAACUAUUCCUCUUAUCUCUUUCGCAUUCAGCUCUGUCGCUGAAUUCGCAGCCGAAACCAACCUAGAUGGUCCUGCAAUAAUAGGUAUGGAUCCCGUGCAUGAAAACUUGAAAAAAGGCAAACAAAAGUCUUCCUCACAGAGUUCCCGUGAUGCCAUGGGUGCCGGGGCCGCGGCUGGUAUUACAUUCGGCGUGACAGCAUUGGCAGGAUUGUUGAUCGCAGUCAUGGUCAUUGGCUGGCGUCGCCAUAAGACCAUUCAAAGAGAGAGCAGCGGUUUAAUGGAGCCAUUGAAUCCCACUGGGUACGGCGCCGUAAAAGAGGAAGGAAGCCCACAAGUUUGAAUUAUGCAGGAACUUUAAAUUGUCUGAAAACUAACAAAUGACUCCAGAUAAUAACUUAAUGUCUCUUAAAACGUUUUUGAAGUUGACAUUUUCUCGCGCUUUGUCCCGUAAAUUCCUUUUUCUGAUAAUUGUGUUUUUCAAGUGACAUUGUUACCAGCGCUUGUUCUGUUUAAAUUGUGAUAGAAGAAAUAACCCUAAUUUCAGAGGCACAGAGAAUGUAAACAAAGGAUGUUUCGUUUGACAGAGUACGGUUACACCUGUUUACACAAUGAUAUUGAGUGUCGCUAAACCAAAACCAAAGUAAUCACAACUUCUAAUCAGAAGAAAGAAAAAUACUUUAAGAGCCAAUGAGAAUUCAAAGUAAAAACCACGGAACUGCUAAAAGCGCGGGAAAACGCGAGCGACUACCUGGUAAAUUGGUUUUAGUUUUGAUCUGAUUGGUCAAGAGAGUAGUGUGAGUUUCCUGCACCAAUCACGGAUCUAAGUAGAGCAAAAACAAAGCAAGCCUGGAUUACUUUCAACUCCUGCUUGUCGUGUCGGACAAACACUGGAUCAUUGUGUUGUACUCUCAAACUACUUAACUAAAACUGUGUUGUUUACGGUAUAAUCCUAAAAGCUAUUCUGCCUUUUCAGUAGUCGGUUUGAGAAGUUAUUUUGCAUUGAAUCACAUUGAAAAACAAUGAAUAGACGAAUAAAUAUAUUUAUAACAUAGCUGG